UACGCGCACCAAAGCUGCCACUUCCCUCCCCCCUCACUCUUUUCCCCCCACAUCCUAGGAUCCAAUGAUAGCUGGACAAGUCAGUAAGCCCUUGCUGUCACUGCGGAGUGAAAUGAAUGCAGAGUUGAGAGGUGAGGACAAGGCAGCUGCUUCAGACAACGAGCUGAAUGAGCCCCUGCUUGCGCCUGUGGAAUCAAAUGACAACGAGGACGCUCCCAGCAAGCUCUUCGGAGCCAGAGGAAACACAGCACUGUCUGAUACAAGCACAUCUGAUCAGCACCAACCCAGUCAGUCCCAUCCAGCGUUCCCUGUCGGGCCCCAGCCACUACUGACGGCGCAGCAGCUAGCCUCAGCUGUAGCAGGGGUGAUGCCAGGAGGCACGCCAGCACUGAAUCAACCUAUCCUUAUUCCUUUCAACAUGGCGGGUCAGUUGGGGGGCCAGCAAGGACUGGUCUUGACUUUGCCUACCGCUAAUCUCACCAACAUCCAAGGGCUGGUGGCCGCAGCUGCAGCAGGAGGCAUCAUGACUUUGCCGUUGCAAAAUCUACAAGCUACCUCAUCCCUGAAUUCCCAGCUUCAGCAGCUUCAACAGCUUCAACAUCUCCAGCAGCAGCAGCAGCAACAACAACAACAAGGCCAAACUAGCCAGCAGCCACAGGGACAAGCCAGCCAGCCACAACAUCAAUCUCAGCCACAGCCACAGACGCAGCAGCCUCAGCAGCCACAGCCCCCACCUCCACCACAGACGCAGCAAACACAAAGCCAGAGUCAGCCGCCACCAGCUCAGCAGUCUUCAAGCUCUCCUCAAAAGCCCAACCAGUCACCAGGGCAUGGCCUUCCCUCACCUCUCACGUCACCAAACUCACUCCAGCUGGUUAAUAAUCCUCUAGCAAGCCAAGCAGCGGCAGCAGCGGCAGCCGCCGCCAUGGGCUCCAUAGCCAGCUCACAGGCCUUUGGCAAUGCACUCUCCGGUCUACAGGGGGUCACAGGUCAACUAGUCACUAAUGCACAAGGACAGAUCAUUGGAACAAUCCCACUGAUGCCUAAUCCAGUCUCAUCUAACCAGUCAGCCGGAGGAGCUCAGGGCCUUCAAGUGCAGCCAAUUACGCCACAGUUACUGACCAAUGCCCAAGGGCAAAUCAUUGCCACAGUCAUUGGGAACCAGAUAUUGCCAGUGAUCAACACCCAGGGAAUCACACUUUCGCCACUCAAACCAGGCCAACAGCUCCACCAGCCAUCCCAGACGCAGGUGGGGCAAGCAGCAUCCCAGUCCAAUCUCCUACAUUUAGCUCACAGUCAAGCAUCUAUGUCUCAGAGCCCCGUGCGGCAGGCUUCCUCUUCCUCUUCUUCCUCCUCCUCAUCUUCAGCUUUGAGUGUUGGCCAGUUAGUCAGCAAUCCCCAGACAGCCUCCAGCGAGGUGGAUGGGGUGAACCUUGAGGAAAUCCGAGAAUUUGCCAAAGCUUUUAAAAUCCGACGCCUGUCACUUGGUCUCACCCAGACGCAAGUUGGUCAAGCUCUAAGUGCCACAGAAGGUCCAGCCUACAGCCAGUCUGCCAUCUGCAGACACACCAUCCUGAGAAGCCACUUUUUCCUACCACAGGAAGCCCAAGAGAACACUAUAGCUAGCAGUCUGACAGCCAAACUGAACCCUGGCCUUUUGUAUCCUGCCAGGUUUGAAAAGCUGGACAUCACCCCUAAAAGUGCCCAGAAGAUAAAGCCGGUUCUUGAACGAUGGAUGGCUGAGGCUGAGGCCCGCCAUCGGGCAGGCAUGCAGAAUCUUACUGAAUUUAUUGGAAGUGAACCAUCCAAAAAGCGCAAGAGGCGGACCUCAUUCACGCCGCAGGCUCUUGAGAUCUUGAAUGCCCAUUUUGAGAAGAACACGCAUCCCUCUGGGCAGGAAAUGACGGAAAUUGCAGAGAAACUGAACUAUGACCGGGAAGUAGUUAGAGUCUGGUUCUGCAACAAGAGGCAAGCACUGAAGAACACAAUUAAACGCCUAAAACAGCACGAGCCUGCGACAGCAGCCCCAAUGGAGCCCUUAACAGACUCUCUGGAAGAAAACUCUUAAACUGAUAGAUUUAAAGGAAGAACACACACGAACAAACAAAACUUUAAACAUUUGAACUCUGUAAAGAUGCUCUUUCACCAUCCUUGUAAGUAAAAGACUCAGAAAGCUACAAGAUGGACAGAACAAUUUAUAAAUGUCUGUGGGUUUUCCUAGAUAAAAACAAACAGAAAAAAAAUACAAAAAAAAUUACACAGCACUUAGUGUGUGUGUAUGUGGUAGAACUAGUUCCAAAAUAAGCCAGUGUUUUUUUUAAAUGGACUUUAAAGUAAACCAAAUAACUGCUUACUUUUUCCUGUAUAUUAUGAAAAUGUGAACAUGUUUUAUGGAAAAAGAACCCAACUACAACAGCAAACCUUUAACUGUUUUUAAAGGAGAGAGAGUACAAGCCUGCCACCUGGAGGAGUGAUUGUAGCCUUUCAGGUAUCAAGUGCUUCUUCACUAUGAAAACUAUUAACCAAAGUCAGAAACAUGGCAUUGAAAACUAGAUUGUUAGUCUACUCUUUUAUGAGCGCUACAUUGUGUUAUGAAUUUUUACAUUUGUACUUUGCAAAAAGAGGAAAAUAAUAAUAAUACAGGACUCUCUUUUCCCCCUGCAUCCUCUCUCACAUGUUCAGCACAUGAGUAUGCUACACUUGGUUUGAGCUACGAUUCUCAACCCUCUUGUUUGGCAUACACAGUUUUGUGAUCUCCAAAUGUUUGUGUGCCAAAAUGACUGUUUCUCUAAACGGUGGGGUUUGCUUACUUUAUUUUUUUAACCGAAGAUCUUAUUUAUUUGCAGUUUUGAUUCAAAUUUGGUUGACACUUUGUUUUGGCUGCCUUCUCCAUCCCAACACCAUUUAAAUUUCUUGUGUGAAGACGUGGACUUUUAAAAUUAUGCAGUGUAAUGAUGACAUUAUAAGGACAUAUUGAGCAACUUGAACUUUCACUUACAGUAUAUAACUUGCCACUUACGCUGUCCUUUGGCCACGAACUGGGAGAGGUUACCAAAGCUACUUUUGUAAUAUAAAUAUAAAAUGCACACGUGGUCCAAUAUACUGCAUCAUUGUUUAUGGUUCUAUCUAUAUGAAGCAAUUUCUCUCCAAAGUCUGAUAGCCAAAGAACUUUCUUGGGAUUCUAUUGAAAAGCAAGCUGAUGGCAAAUGUAAGAACAUAACCAGGAUUUCCCCCUCAAACUGCUGCAUCUCUAACUUUCGUUUUACUGUUUCCACUUUCACUGUUUGUUUGUUUGUUUGUUUGUUUGUUUAUUCCUGCACUGCAGGGGAUUGGACUAGAUGACCCUCAAAGUCUCUUCCAACUCUACAAUUCUAUUAUUCUGUUAUUCUGUUCUCCCCCCCCCCUCUGGCAAGUGCUACUUUCAGAACUGUGCACAGACACAGAAGGGAUUAUGUGAAUGCCAGAUUUGACUGAAUUACUUAAUAUGACUUGUUACCUAAUUUUUGAACUGGGACCCAGAAGCAGAAAUCACUGGCACAUAUCUUGGCUGUCAUCCAAAACUUCAUGGCCAUUCAGUCAAAAGGGUACAUCAAGCCAGAGCAACAAAGUUCAUAUCUUUAUCCCAACAUCCUCAUAAUAUUUAGAUUCAGGGUCCUAGAUAGAAAUCGGUGUUACAUCCUGCUCCAGGCUUCUCAAAAUGCAUUAGAAUCUGUCAUUUCAUUGUACAAUACUUCUCCACCUCACCAUGGUGUAAAUCUGAACUUACUCAUCUUUAUCGACACAACUCAUCACGUGUGACUGAGAGUCAAAUCAUCCACAGAAUCUGUAGCCUUAAAGGUCCCGCCUCCCUUACAGGUUCUUCCCUCUCUCACUGGAAAGUAAGAGGAGAUGGUUAAAUGGCUGGUCUAAAGCAGACUGGAUGCAACAUAGGCAGUUUUGCCUCUUUCAACGGGCUUUGGAUCCAGUCCUCAGUUUUCAGAUUGUCACCAGGGGCAUAAUCCAUGCUUCAUUUCAAUUGAGCUUGCACAGCAAAAUUAUCUGGUGGUUUGUGUUUCCAAGCACCCCAUGCCAGGAAAAUGGUCAGUGGCCAAGCAAAUGCUGGCUGCAUUCAUAAGAAGGCCGCUAUGAGCACAUCACAAAAUAUUUCCUUGCCUUGGAAAAAGUGGUCAUAUGAUCUGAAUGAACAUUUGCCCUCCAAAUUAUAAAUAGUUGACUAAAGCCCUUAUGAAAACUAUGUAAGCAUACUCUUCUUACAGAAGAAAUUAACAGUGUGCAGACAGAAAAAAUAAUGUAUACUGAGGUUAGAUGUAAUUAAUAAAGCAAAUAGGACUCUAAUUCCAAGCUCUGAACAUGUCAGAGGCAAGAAAUGGUAAUUCAGGAUGGGCAUGUACAAAACAUUCACAAAGCCUGUGUGUUUUAGGUUUUUAUUUUGUUUGUUUGUUUUUGCCAGAGAGUAGAUUUCUGCUCAUGUUAGCAAUGUGAUCAUAGGACUGUCUAUUUCUCCUGCCUAUGUACACCUAUAGUUCAACUGUGAGCCUUAUAGGCUGAGGUCUGAACUUGCUCUACAGCAAACUUGCUCUACAGCCUCUUCGUAAUCGAAAUCAUGAAUUUAAAUCCUACUGCAGUAGGUAAGAAUGAUUAAAUUUCUGGAUUGGCCAUGGGUUGGGAAAAGUCCCAUGUCAAGUCUGGAUUUUAGUACAGAUGUUCACAUCCAUCAUCUGGCCCUGAUAAUCAAUAACUGCCAAAAUUCAGUUUUAACAACAGCAGCUUAAUUUAAAACAACAACAACAAAGCUUGCCAUCUGCACCCUAGUUAUGAUGAACUUGAAAUUAAAACUGUCAGGAGUAACAGGAGACCAGCCACAAAUUAUCUAGAGAACUGUCAAGAGCUUGUAGAACUUUGAAAGCCCAUCUCCUAGCGCUCUGCCCAUCUCCCACAGUCAUUCCUUUUUCCAUUCUCAAAUAUCAUCAAAACCAGAGCCUUGCUCCUGGAAGCAAAAAUAUACUAGCCAUUUGCUGCUUAAAAACUUAGAUGUCAGAUUCUCCAUGGAACAGUUAAAAAGUCUGCAAUGGAACGGGGGGGGGGAAUGAAAUUUCCAGGAAGCAACAUUAACCAAAGACUGUAUAAAACACUUAAAACCAUCACAGCAACAGUUAGACAGAAACUAUUUCCUUUCUAAACUUCACACUGAAAUUGUGUAAUUUAGGACGGUGAUAAUAUAAAUGAAAUAAAUUGCCACCAUGAAACAAGUUUUUUGAUUUUCAUCUUUGUACUCAUGGAACCAUUAACAUGUCAUAAUGUUCUCUUUUUAAUAGUUUUUUCUGGUUCUUAUCACUUAUUUUUACAAGGGAAAGUGUUAGGUUCGUUUUUAACAAUCAGUUUUUUCGCUCGGAGGCAUAACGGAGUGCCUGAACAAAUUAUUUAUAUGUAUAUGUAAUUCAUAAAGGCUGCAGGUAUAGGGAGAUUUUUUUUCUUCUCCCCAAACAAUAUUUAUUAUUUCUAUUUGUAAAUCUGUUCUGGGCUCCAAAGAGCCCUGUACACACACCUAGAACAUUC